AUGGCUUCAACUGCUUCAGAACAACACCUAACGCUCAAGGACAAGGUCGCCAUCGUGACGGGGUCAUCGAGAGGCAUCGGAGUAGGCCUGGCAUUGGAGCUUGCCAGAAGAGGGGCCAAAAUCACCAUCGUCUACACAUCCGAGAAGAGCGCACCCCUCGCGCAAGACGUAGUGAGCCAGAUCGAAGCGCUGGGGACUAGGGCCAUCGCCGUGCGAGCCGACCUGGGCCAUAUAGACGCUCCAGACAAAAUCGUCAAGGCGACGCUCGAAGCCUUCGGGGACCAUAUUGACAUUCUCGUCAACAAUGCAGGCAUCGAGUUUGGCAGCUCCCUCGAGGAGAUUACGCCCGAGGACUUUGCAAAGAUGUUCCACAUCAACGUGCGAGGGCCGCUGCUUCUGACCAAGGCCGUUGUGCCCCAUCUUCGUGCGCCGGGCAGGAUCAUCAACCUGUCGUCGGUGGGUUCGAGAAGCGGAUUUGCGGGCUUGUCGCUUUAUUGUUCCUCAAAGGCAGCAUUGGAGGGAAUGACGCGCUGUCUUGCGGCCGAGCUGGGCGAUGCAGGCCACACGGUGAAUGCCGUCCUGCCAGGCCCAGUCGAGUCGGAGAUGCUCGAAAAUGUCCCCAAAGACCUCGUGGAGAUGCAGAAGAAGGUGACGCCGGUACAGCACCGCGUCGGCAAAGUCGGAGACGUGGCCCAAGUGGUGGCAUGGCUCGCCGAGGAGCAGUCGGGUUGGAUCUCAGGUCAGUGUAUCUCUGCCAGCGGUGGCUAUUUGAUGUUAUAAGGUUGGCUCCGGGAUUGAAGUUAGGGACCACAGGUGUGGCUUGCAGGGCAGCAGGUAUUUAGGGAAACAGAAGAGGCGGCUCAUUACUUAGAAGAGCCAUGGCGAAACAUAAGAGUCGUCUUGUCCAAACCCCCUUCCCCUAUUCUCUUCCAUGUGCAUGUUUUUGGUCGCUUAACGGCAUCGAGCAUCGCCGCAUGCGUGCAACCGCAGAGCCGCAAUUAUUGAUAAUGCGGCGAUAUAGGUAGGUAGC